AUGGCACCGAGUGGCCCGUCGAGCCUCUACCCUGGGAUGCCAAGGGAGGCCCCGGCUUCGGGGGGGCUCUCCUCUGCCAUCGGGCUCCUGAGGAGGAAGCUGCAAGCCAAGGAGGGGGCUCCGCACCAGCUCAGCGGCCCCCAGCUGCUCCAGGAUCCGGACGCCAAGCCGCCUUGUGGAGGAGCCUGCUGGUCACCGGGCACACCUGGGCAAGGGACGCCAGAAAGGUGGGAGCCACACCGAGGCCUCUGCUGCAGGAAGCUGUGCCCUCAGGGACCGGACCGGGAAUAUCCUGCCGAGCAGACGGGCGACCGGUGGCUCUUCCUCUCCUCUGUGCCGCCGCCCCUUCCUCUCAGCCAACCCCCCAAGGACUUUGCCAGCUCCGGCGGAGACUUUGCGCUGGCCAGGUGGGGAUUCUUGCCCAGCGGGGUCUUCCUGAUGUCAGCCAAGUUUGGCAAGGACAGAGAGGCCCAGCCCCCGCUGCACCUGCCCCCCAACAUCUGCAUCCUGACCCUGGCCAUGAUGAUCGCUGGCAUUCCCACGGUCCCCGUGCCGGGCGUGCGGGAGGAAGACAUGGUCCACGCUGCCCAGUGCUUUGUGGCGGAGAACCUGGAGCCUGGCAACGCGCAGGGGGAGGCAGCACAGAGGAGGAGGAGGAGGUGGGCUGCCAUGCAGCGCCUGGGGCCUUCCUGCAAGAGGGGGGACAAGCAGAGGAAGAGGGCCGCCCACAGGAGCCUCCUGCCCCUGUUCCUGGCGCAGCUGGAGAAGUGAGAGCAGGGGGGAAGAAACGCUGAAUUCUGCUUUGAAAAGCCAACAUAAAGGGUUUGUGAAAAGCAAGGCUCUUUGCUUAUGUCCGUGCUUCUGCUUCUGUAAGCAGGUUGUUGGCCAGAUCCUCUGAUCCA